UGCUUCCUCUCCAUUGCUUACACCACACCCUACUGCCCUGAAACAAACAAACAGAUUCAAAUCACGCAACAUGCAAACUCUCAAACAACUGACAACUGACUAGAUUUAGUAUAGUCGAGUAGCUAUAGCCACAUCCAUUGGACACUACCAAAUACCUUAAACCGUACCGAAAGAACACGAAUCGAGCUCAAAGAAAUCAAUUGAUUUAUACUAGCUUGUGAAAAGGAUAUUGGAUAUUGGAUUGCGUGCAAGUUUUGAUUCUUGUCCUCAAUGUCCUUGGUGCCGAAGGCUGAUCAUAUAUGGCCAUGGCAGUACAUGUUCCCGCCAUUUUUUACUCUCCAACCAAAUGUUGAAACCCGUCGCAAACAAAUUAACGCAUGGUGCCAGUUAGUCCUUGAUUAUUUUCAAAGUCGAAAGCAGUUCUCACUGAGCGUUGCAAGUAUUCGUGACCCUUCCUGUCCGCUUUUUAAUAAUAAAAGUAUUCAGCGCUCAGCCAGCCCAGAACUGGUCGACCUCAUUCUAACUGAACUUCACAAGCGUGGGAAUCUUGAAUGGUCUGACAGAUCACAUACCAAUGCCAAGAUUAUAUGGCGAACUCCUGAAGAAUGGGCUGAUCUUAUCGCGAAAUGGGCUCGAUCCACUGGUCAUGGGAAUUCAGUUUGUACAUUUUACGAAUUGACUGACGGUGACGAUACAAAACAAGAAGCUUUUCAUGGUUUAGAUAUAUCCAUUUUAACAAAUGCAAUAACUGUUCUUCAGAAACGAGGUCAAGCUGAAUUAAUGGGAGGAGAAGGUGUAAAGUUUUUCUGCUAGUCUUCUUUACUCAUAGUUUUUUUUUUAAGUAAAUUUUGCAAUUCAACAAUAUAGUGGUUGUUUUGUUUUUUUGGAAAAUUUUUUUUCUAUUUUCAAAGCAAAAAAUAAUCUCAAAAUCAUGAAUUUUUUGUUGACUUUCGGCUAUUAAAAAAAAACUGUAAAAAUUGUUUUCCAAUUGUCCUAACUAACCAUAAUACAUGAGGACAAUAGUAAACGUUAUAUGAAUUAAAGUUCGGACUUAUUUUUUUGUUCUUGGUAACAAUCCAGUCCAUAAGCUGAAGUGUGAAUAAUUUUGGUGAUUCUGUAGGCCUUUAUUUUAGCUUCCUUUUUUUAACUAGUGAUCCUUUCCUAAACACUGUUGUUACUGAUUAAAGCUUGUAUGUACAUAUAUACUAAUAGAAAAUAAAUUUCAUUCCACUAAUCUAAUAAAAACUUUCUUUCAGAGUUCAUUGACUGUUUCACUUGUUUUGCUAUUCACAUUGGCUGUGUGUAUAUGUACA